CCCCUUAGGUGAGUGGAAUCAAGAGUCUCUAUGAGUCUGAACUGGCUGAUGCUCGAAGAGUUCUGGAUGAAACUGCUAAAGAGAGGGCCAGAUUGCAGAUUGAAAUAGGAAAACUGAGGGCAGAACUUGAGGAGUUCAAUAAAAGCUACAAGAAGAAAGAUGCAGACUUGUCCGUGGCUCAGGGUCGCAUUAAGGAUCUGGAAGUGCUGUUCCAUAGAAGUGAAGCAGAACUCAACACUGUCCUGAAUGAGAAACGCAGUCUGGAGGCAGAGGUGGCUGAUCUACGUGCCCAGCUUGCUAAGGCUGAAGAUGGUCAUGCUGUGGCUAAGAAGCAGUUGGAGAAGGAGACACUUAUGCGUGUGGACCUGGAGAACCGGUGCCAGAGCUUGCAAGAGGAUCUGGAUUUCAGGAAGAAUGUGUUUGAGGAGGAAAUAAGGGAAACAAGAAAACGCCAUGAACAUCGUUUGAUCGAGGUGGACACUAGUCGCCAACAGGAGUAUGAAUCCAAAAUGACUCAGGCCCUGGAGGAUCUGCGAAAUCAACAUGAUGAACAAGUCAAACUGUACAAGAUGGAGCUCGAGCAGACCUAUCAGGCUAAGCUGGAGAAUGCCAAGCUGUCCUCUGACCAAAAUGACAAAGCUGCUGGUGCAGCUCGGGAGGAGCUGAAGGAGGCCCGCAUGAGAAUAGAGGCUCUGAGCUACCAGCUUUCUGGCCUUCAGAAACAGGCUAGUGCAGCAGAAGAUCGCAUCCGUGAGCUGGAGGAGAUGAUGGCUGCGGAGCGGGAGAAGUUCAGGAAGAUGCUAGAUGCAAAAGAGAGGGAAAUGACUGAUAUGAGGGACCAGAUGCAGCUGCAGCUCACAGAGUACCAGGAGCUGCUUGAUGUUAAAUUAGCACUGGACAUGGAGAUCAGUGCUUACCGAAAACUCCUGGAAGGAGAAGAGGAAAGGUUGAAGCUCUCUCCAAGUCCCUCCUCCCGUGUUACAGUCUCUCGGGCUACCUCCAGCAGCAGCAGCAGCAGCACUUCGCUCGUUCGCUCUUCCCGAGGCAAAAGAAAACGUAUUGAAGCAGAGGAGCUCUCUGGCAGUGGAACAAGUGGAAUUGGCACUGGAAGUAUUAGUGGCAGCAGCAGCACCAGUAGCUUCCAGAUGUCCCAGCAAGCUUCAGCUACAGGAAGUAUCAGCAUAGAAGAGAUAGACCUGGAGGGCAAAUAUGUUCAGCUGAAGAACAACUCGGAGAAGGAUCAGUCUUUGGGUAAUUGGAGACUGAAACGACAAAUUGGAGAUGGAGAAGAAAUUGCUUACAAAUUUACUCCUAAGUAUGUCCUCAGAGCUGGCCAGACUGUAACAAUUUGGGGUGCAGAUGCAGGUGUAUCUCACAGCCCCCCUUCUGUGCUGGUGUGGAAGAAUCAAGGCAGCUGGGGCACAGGGGGAACUAUCCGCACAUACCUCGUCAACUCUGAAGGAGAGGAAGUUGCAGUGAGAAAUGUUACUAAAUCAGUAGUCAUGCGAGAGAACGAAGAGGAAGAGGAUGAAGCAGAGUUUGGAGAGGAAGACCUUUUCAAUCAACAGGGGGAUCCCAGAACAACUUCUAGAGGAUGCUCAGUGAUGUGAAGAAAGAAAGAAAGAAAAACAAAACAACCAACCUAUUAUUUGCUAUUUUUUUCCACUUAUUUCCUUUUUAUUUUUGCUAUUUUUUCCCUCCAGAGCCACUGAAAACUAUUUUUAUAUGCAUCAUCUGAUUUCUUUGAAGUUUACUCCUUGGUACAUUUUUAUAAAAAAAUUUAAAAAAAAAAACUUUACUGAACAAAACUGCCAGAAUUUUUAAUAGAUUUCUUUAUUUUGCCCUUUUUUGAAGCACUAUCUUGAAUACAACAUUUUUCCCCUAUACAGAAUUUAAAGUCUUAUGUACAAACCUGCAGCAGAAAAGAAAUUUUUAGCUAAAAUGGGAUGAGAGUCCUUGAGUGUGUGGUAAAUCUAGAUUGCAUUUAUAACCAGGAUAACUUCAAAAAACCA